AUUCUCUUUCACACUACCACUUAACCACACCCAUUUAUCAGUUGUUUAACUGCCACCCACAGAGUACCCCUCAUUUGUUUUCACCUUCUCAUCAUCUUCCUUCCUUUCCUCUUAUAGCUCAUCAACUCCUCUCUGGUUGGUUUCAAAGAAAAUCGCAGAAAGUAAGCAACCCGUCAGUUCAAUUUGUGAACGCAUUUCCUAUUCUCCGACCUUCACAAGUACCCAUUACCCAUUUUUCCCUCCGCUUUGUCUUCCUCCACUCCCUUUUGUAUCCCACUGGAGUUCCGCUCUGUUUCAUACCAGAGAAUACCUGAGAAAAUUGCAGAGAACAGGAUGAUUUUUCACUCCGAUUGAGUUAUAAAACACGCAUUACUGAUAUACUCAUUACCCGUGUCUACCUCGUACCAGUACUCUUUCUCUUCCUCUUAUUGCUGCGACAGUCCACCCUCUUUGCUGCCCGAUAAAAUCCAAGAAAACCUCAGAAAAAAAAAACGACAUAAUAUCGAGAUUGUGCUGAGAAACAUGGCAUCGGUGUUCUUAUACCAUGUGGUGGGAGAUCUAACUGUGGGGAAGCCAGAACUGGUGGAGUUUGCAGAAACAGAGACGGUGGAGGCCGCAAUCCGGGCGAUCGGGGAGUCCACAGAAGGUGGGAUACCUGUCUGGAAGAAGAGAUCACAGAAGAGUGUGAUUGAAAAUGCUGAAACGAGGCAAAAGAGGUUUGUGGGAAUUCUCAAUUCACUCGAUAUUGUAGCAUUCUUGUCCGCAGAUGGGUGUUUGGCGGAUCAGGAAAAUGCAUUAAAGACCCCGGUUUCAGAGGUGAUUGUUUUUAAUAAUUCACUUCUAAAGGAGGUUGAUCCUGGUACAAGGAGGAUGAUAAUGCUUUUUGUUCUGUGGUUGAUUUUUGUCAUGGUGGAGAAAUCAUAA